CCGCAUCCAGACGCACUGGCCGCUGCUGGCUGAUGCCGCCCCCCCUCAUCUUGGUGGUGUUGUGCGCAAAAUCUCCAGCGCCGGACGGACGGACGCAGUUUGACGGUACAAACGAGCGGCUCUGCGUGGGGAUAUCCAAGAAAAAGCCACUCAAUUCAGACAUGGAUUUUUAACGGGCAUUUGAUCUUUUUUUAUCAUAGUUUUUUUUUUUACCCUGUGAUGUUGCUUUUGCCCCGGGGGUGUUAAUUAAACCUGCUCGAUGUCUCUCAUCAGUUUAUAACCGAAACAAAAUGAGGAUUUCUUCUCGCGACUGGUUUCUGUUGAUAUUCUCUGGCUUUUGGGGACUGGCAAUGGGUGCUUUCCCGAGCAGCGUUCAGAUCGGCGGUCUGUUCAUCAGAAACACUGAUCAGGAGUACACUGCCUUUCGCUUGGCAAUCUUCCUGCACAAUACCAGCCCGAACGCCUCGGAAGCUCCGUUCAACCUGGUGCCUCAUGUGGACAACAUCGAGACGGCAAACAGCUUUGCCGUCACCAACGCCUUUUGCUCCCAGUAUUCCCGCGGUGUCUUCGCCAUCUUCGGCCUGUACGACAAGCGCUCGGUCCACACGUUGACGUCCUUCUGCAGCGCCCUGCACAUCUCCCUCAUCACGCCCAGCUUCCCCACGGAGGGCGAGAGCCAGUUCACCCUGCAGCUCCGGCCAUCCAUCCGGGGGGCGCUCCUGUCUCUCCUCGACCACUACGACUGGAACAAGUUUGUCUUCCUGUAUGACACCGACCGAGGAUACGCCAUCCUGCAGGCCAUCAUGGAGAAGGCAGGUCAAAACAAUUGGCAGGUCAGCGCCAUCUGUGUCGAAAACUUUAAUGAUGCCAGUUACCGGCGACUGUUGGAGGAUCUGGACCGGAGACAGGAGAAGAAGUUUGUAAUCGACCUUGAGGCGGAGAGACUGCAGAACAUGCUGGAACAGAUUGUCAGUGUCGGGAAACAUGUUAAAGGCUACCAUUACAUCAUGGCCAACCUGGGUUUUAAGGACAUCAACCUGGAGCGCUUCAUGCAUGGUGGGGCCAACGUGACCGGCUUCCAGCUAGUCGACUUCAGCAACCCCAUGGUCAUCAAACUGAUGCAGCGCUGGAACAAGCUGGAUCAGAGGGAGUACCCAGGCUCGGAUGCCCCACCCAAGUACACCUCAGCGCUGACAUACGAUGGGGUGAUGGUGAUGGCCGAGGCCUUCAGGAACCUGCGCAGGCAGAAGGUGGACAUUUCCAGGCGGGGGAACGCUGGCGACUGUCUCGCCAACCCCGCCGCCCCAUGGAACCAGGGUAUCGACAUGGAGCGUACUCUCAAACAGGUCCGGUUGCAGGGAUUAACAGGUAAUGUCCAGUUUGACCACUAUGGCCGCAGGGUCAACUACACAAUGGACGUGUUUGAACUGAAGAAUAAUGGACCCAGAAGGAUCGGCUACUGGAACGAUGCAGACAAACUGGUGCUGAUCCAGGACUCUCCACUGCUUCCAAAUGACACUUCUGGCAUGGAGAAUCGCACUGUUGUAGUUACUACCAUCAUGCCCCUGAUGAGGAACCCCAUUUUAAGAAACUGAGCCCCAGUUGGACGCAAGCAGGAUUUGAAAGCCCUUAAUGGCAGAGUGAUGGACACAACAACCCGAGCCAAAAUGAAGCCCUAAAGACACUGGGCGAGAGGAGAGACACAGCACCUAUGUUAAUGGACACCCUGUUCAUAAAACUGAACAAGAAAUGGAGCCACUCAGACCCGUAAUGGAGCCCCUCGAGAGGAAAAUGAAAUGCAAAUGGAGGGAAAAAGUCUCUUUUAAGGACGGUGCUUGUGGAUGGACACCCAUUGAGGCUAAAAUGGGUCCCCAGCUCCAAACAGCACAGUGUCUGUUUACUAGCAUAAACAAGCUCCCACUACACCUGUUUUUGUGUUAGAUUCAUACAUUGUCAUGCCCGGUGUGUUUGUGUGGCCAAUCACAGCUUGAAUCCCAGCCUAGUUUGAAUUUGUAAUUUUUGCUAAACUCUAUGGACCCUGAACUAUAAAGUGAGGCGGUACCAGAAUGAAUAUAUAUAAUGUCUAACUGAAUUCUGGUUUGCUCUAAAUCUCUCACCUUCUCUGACUACCUGCUCUACCCUACAGUGUAUUACACAUUCAGAGGGUUUCCUGUAAGCUUUAAAACAGCUUAGAAAGACUAAUGCUCUCAUAAUCAUCCUAGUUCAUAUCCAUCACGCUUUUAUGCAGCAUGAUAUUAUAGUUAUACUGUGAUGGCUGCCUUUCACUCUCACUUUUAAUGUUCAUAAGAAUAAUCUUUGUUUAGCAUAAAAUUAAUGAAGUGUUUCAGUUUUAUAUUUCAUCAAGGCUGCCUCCAUGUCUUAGGAACUUCAUGUAACAUGGAGUAGUUAUAAAGGAACAGUUCAGCAUUUGUGAAAAUAUGCUUUUUUUUGUCAUCCAACAUAGGCCAGUUGCUCUCUGGUUACAGUGUAUAGAUCCGUCUUGGCACUGUAUGCACAGCAGUGAAAUGACAAUCAAUUUUGUCAUCUGACUGUAGAUUUAAACUUUAAUGAACAUUGUGAAGCUUUUGUACUAGAAGUGGUGAUGAAAUUAUUGAUUUUUAUUUCACGUUUAUGCAAACAUAAGUUCUAUGUUUAACCUCAGACUGGAUCCAAGGUACAUCUGGGACCAGGACAAUGUGUUUGGUUGCCCAGAAUGGUGUCCAGAGCUUCAAACUACUCCAUAGUUUUUUACUGUGCCCCACAGAGUGCAUUGUGAUCUUUUUCUAUAUGUUGUUUAGUCUUCUUUCGACUUGCUUUAUCUAUGUGUUGGAUCAGAAAUUCUGCCAGUGCUUUUGUUGUAGUCAUCCUUGUUUUGAUGCAAUGACACACUAAAGUUCUGCACUGGCUUAAAACCGAGACCCGAACACGGUCUAAACCCGGGACUUACAGACCAGCCUGGUACUGCCAAAUUUGAGAAGUAAACCUAACCCAACACUAUAUUUUUGUAAUUUCAUAGACAAAAUUAUGUGCUUGCUUUCGAAAGGUUCUUCUGCCUUGCUAGUUAGUAGAUAAGUUUAUAGAUAGAGUGACAUUGGCUAUGCUCUCUUCCCACUUCCCAGUGGGCGUUGCAUAUCUACUUACAGCACGACACACAUCAUCACACAUAUGAUUGGCAGAGUCAGAAACAGAAAGAGAGGGGGGGGUUAGGUUGCUAAAGUCUGCGGCACAUCUGCUUGAUCAGUUACAGCAGCACAAGCAGCAACUCCUGGACGUUCCUGGAACUUGCAAUUUAGUUCCAUGAACUCGGCAGAGAAGAAAACAAAAGCAGAACCUGUGACAAUAGAUAGACAUUACAUCUUGUUUCAAUUUGUUUGAUUUGUUCCUGCUUUGAAUAUUGGUUACAAGUGUUUUUCCAGUCUUUGACUCAUCCCUCAUUUCAGUCUGGUAUGCCAAGCUGUAAUGGGCUUAAUGCUGCCCCCUGUGGCUACUCAAACAACUGUUGGCAAGACCCACAAUUGUUUGUUAAGGUGCAGCAAUAAAAACAUGUUAUGUUGGGUAAACUCGUCCACCUUCGUUAAAAAGCAGCACACAGCUGCUUUUAUAUAGUAGACAGUCCAAAACAGGCCUUGUAAGCUAGUAGUCAGAUUGUAGCUGCUGCUGCUUGUUAGCACUCUGAAUGUUGCAUGGCUAGAAGCUGAUAUUGACUUUUAUUUUGAACAUUAUGGGUAGCUAAGAUAAUGAAGUUUUUGAAUGGGGCUAAAGAUAAGACUGUGUCAGAACCCUACAUGUGUUAGCAAAUCCAUUUGAUUAUGAGUAGAUCUUCAAUCACAUUGUAAUCUUCUUUUGUCUGGUCUAUUUGAUUUAUAGUUAAUAUAGCUAUUAUUUGUCUUUAACACAAGGCGUUAACAGAGCUCUAUGAAGGCUCAGGCCAUAGCUGCCUGGAGGUUGCUGCUUCAACGCUGAAGCUCCCAAAGACAAGGACAAAGUUUGACUGUCAUCUUAAUGGCAGGACAAGGCUAAAAGCUUUGAUGAAGUGUGUCUUGGCUUUAAAUUUCUCCAUUGCAAUUUAAACCUGCCACCCUAUCAAUCAGCCAGAUGGUAGAAGUACAGGCAAGGUCCUGUUAUAAUUAUAUUUUUGUUUAGCCUUUGUUCAAGGAAUGUGUGUGGAUUUUGUGGACCAAGAUGAUGCAACUACAUAAAUGGUUUGAGAGCAUAGUGGGACACCUUGCGUCUUAAGUAGCAUGUACAAAUGAUUACCUUCAGGACCAAACAAAAAUCACUAGUGGUCCAUAUAUUGUAUUCUCUUGUCCACCUCUGUGACUAACAUCCUCUAAGUUAUGGACUGUUUUAAGACAUUUUUUGGCAUCUAACUUUAUGUCAAACCAUUUCUUCUUUGCACCAAAUCUUUACAAAGACACUGUGUUGCAAGGUGUAAUGAUAAUUUUUCAGCCCCCCUAAUAGCACCACUGACACUACUAAAUAUGUUAUGUUGUAUGCUGAUCCAAGGUUUUCUUUUUCCUCUUGGGUAACAUUUUUAUUUAUGAAAAUUUACCACAAAUGGAGCUGAACAGGUAGCCUUGUGUCAAACUGUGGCAGUAUUGUCGAAUUACACCAUUCAUCAUGUUGAAACGAAUGAAUUUACAAAACAUUUUUGCAGUUAAGAGGGUUUGCUAAAUCUGACUUGUAACCCUUGUUUCAGUUAACCUGAUGAAAAAUAAGUAAUAGGGUUUUAGUGUAAGAAAACAAAAUGCAGUUUCAAUCUUGUAUUCUGCUUUUUAUGUUCAUUUUUAUUGCUGCCAGUAGUAAGCAGUGACUGCUGCAAGUGUACAGGUGUUAUAUGAGGUCAAGGCUCAGCUAUAACAAUAUUGGCAUUCAUUAAAGCACCAAGGUGAUCUAAAACCCUUGGCCCACCGCAACAGCCUGUCGAGUGCACUUCAUGUGAAAAAAGCACAGUGGACAUUUGUAAAUAUUUUCUAUAUUGUGCUUUAAUUGUGCUGCCCCUUUUCAAUGUCAUACAACCGCAUUAAAUCAAAUAAAAAUGUGAUUAGUGCCUUAAGUGGCUACUGAUGACCGAGACCCAGAAAUGAGUCACUUACUGGGAAAGCGUUAUGGUGUAUUUGCUGCAUAAAAUGUUUUUGUUGUCAAGUUAUUGUACAAUAUGAAUCAUAAUUUCUGCUGCUUAUUAUUCCUCAUAUAACCAGAGUGUGCCACAGAUUGUUUAUCUUACAAAAAACUCAAAGGCAAAACCAAACUGGCAGAUUUUAGCACCACAGUCUAACAAUUCUGAUGUGUGUGCACCCUGAUAUUCAUAUAUGUGGAUUUGUGACAUGAAGUUGGCCCUGUAGUGUGUGUGUACUUUUAAUAGCAUGUUAAUUAGUCUCAUUAGGCAGUGAGUGAAUCAGUGUGGCUGGGAUUAUUGACCAGCCUGUCAACCAUGCUGGCCUUUGCUGUGAAGACCUCUGAAGCACUGCUCUCUUCUCAUGCCAGAAACACUGACUGCAUCCUUUAUCUCUGCCGCUCCCUCUGCUCCUCUGGCUGCCAGCACUGCCAUACACCCUGAU